CCUUGGUUGGAGGCGAUGCUCAGGGUGGUACCCAAGGUGUCUCUGCUCGCAGGGGUGGUGCCCAACGACGGCCAGUUCCCAAACGCUCACGGGGUGCGGACCAGCUUCCUGUGCACGGGACCCAUGUGCCGCUAUGCCGAGGACCUGGAGCCUGUGCUGAGGGUCAUGGCCGGGCCCGGCGUCAGCAAGCUGAAACUGAAUGAGAAAGUGUCACUGGAGAAAAUCAAAUUCCACUGCAUGGAUCAUGACGGCGGGUCCGUUUUUGUGUCACCUGUGGACAAGGAGAUCUUGCAGGCCCAAAAGAAGGUGGUGGAGCACAUCGAAAGUGACCUGGGGGUCCGAGUUCAGCAUGUGUCAAUCCACAAGAUGAAGUAUUCUUUCCAGAUCUGGUCAGCCAUGAUGUCGUCCAAGGACAGCAAUGGAGAGGAGGCACAGCGAUUCACAGACCUGCUGGGGGACCACGGGAAGCCGGUGUGGCCGCUGUGGGAGCUGAUGAAGUGGCUCGUGGGGAUGUCUUCUCACACCUUCCCAGCUAUUGCCCUGGGGCUGACGGAGAAGCUGAUGAAGCUCAACCACAGUGGGAAUGCCAAGCUGGUGAGCAUGGGGAAGAGCCUGCAGGAGGAGAUGGAGGCGCUGCUGGGGCAGGACGGGGUGCUCCUCUACCCCUCACACCCCACCAUCGCCCCCAAGCACCACUCCCCCAUCUGCAUGCCCUUCAACUUUGCCUACACAGCCAUCUUCAACGUCCUGGGCCUGCCGGUGACGCAGUGCCCGCUGGGGCUGGGCAGCGAGGGGCUCCCCCUGGGCAUCCAGCUGGUGGCAGCCGCCUACAACGACCACCUGACGCUGGCGGUGGCCCGGUACCUGGAGAAGGCCUUCGGAGGAUGGGUUUUACCAGGGAAAGUUUAGCCUUGGGAGGCAGGGACAGAGAGGGUGGUGCCCAGCGAGGUGGUGGCAGGUGCUGAUGUUCCCUUCGCGUCCCGCUGCGCCCUCCUGGGAGCAGCUGGCGCUGCCUCCGGCCAUGGGGCAGCCGGGCUGUUGCUGCUGGAUUCUUCAUUCCUGCAGCACCCUCUGUCAGGGAGAGACCUGCCCUCCCUGAGCCCCUCAGGAGCCCCAGUGCUGCAGGCUGAGGACGUCCUGCCUGCAGUGGGCAUCCACCUUUUCCUGGCCAUGGAGAUGGCCAGCGCUGUAACCCUUGCUGCUUUUAAGACACUGAGUGUGAUCUUGGCAGAGGAGAUGCUGCCAGACUGCUGGGGGGCAGCCACUCAGCCCCUCUUGGGGCCCCCCCUGGGCACAUGAGGGUCCUCCUUGGCCUGACCCUGCCCACAAGACUGGACUGUGCCUGCUGCACCCAGGCUUGGCAGCCCCCACAGCCCCCCUGGUCUGCUGCAGCAUUCCCACUGCCCUCUGACCAAAAAGGGAGAGGGGCUGAGGGGGCUGGGCUGAGCCCUACGCCCGCCUCACCAGCAGUGCUUUGUGGGGUAGGGGGUGCUGUGCUCUGCCAUGUGUGCAGCUCCGGAAGGAGCUGUUGCUCUGAGAGCAUUUGUAGCACUGGAUAAAGUAUCUCCUGCCUGUUUCUUCCCCUUCUGUCUGGGAGGGAUCACCCCUGCCACCUGCCCUGCCAAGCUGCCUGGCCUCUGCCCCAGGAGUGGACAUGGGCAGUGAUGUGGGGUGGACAGCAAGCACAAUGUGUUCUCAAUGAGCGUGGUAUUAAAGAACCUGUCCAGUC